UAUAUUGCCAUCUUCAUUUUGCUGCGAUCGUCAGACUGUGAUCGUUUCGUUAGGACGAUGAAGCUUUUCACGUUAUUUCAAAUGAUUAUUUUCGGUUUGUCGGUAGUGCAUCUUGGUGAGUCAUGUGGAAGUCGGCUGACAUUACAUACCAGUUCAUUUCAUGCAAAGCCAUCCCAAACGACAACAGAGUAAGUCCACAAUUUAAGAUGCUUGUUUACAGUUGAGGGCGAUGUAGGACAAGGAAAAUUGAAUAUCUAGCCUUGGUAGAAUACAAACGUCGAUCAAAUCAUAUUUAUACCUGACAUAUUUACACAAGAUGUAGCGUGAUCAUUCUGCGUGAGAAACAACAGUAUUAUCAUCAUCAAUUGCUAUCAUUCACCUCUUACAGGAAACAAGGUGUCUUUAUAUUUUUCUUAGUCAUGGCGAUGCUGUUUCUAAUGCGGCAUUCGUUGUAGAAAAAUUUUCAGACCCAUGUAUCGGAGAUAUUCCUCCCUCGUUCUCGUGCAUGUUUUUUUUUUCCCAAAACUAUUCUUGUGUUCAUCACUUAGCGCUUAUAAGCUACUUAGCGGACCAACGCCUUACUUUCUUCAUCCACUUCAAAAUAGCAUGAUGAUCUAUUACAAAGGAAGAAGAUUAUCAAUAACUAGAUUAGUGUUUACGCCUCUUCCAGCUGUUUUCGUUCAGAGAAACCCUCAACUGCAACUUCGUUCAUCUCCUUGGAUUUUCUUAAAGUAUUCCUAUCAAAUUUGUACUAAUUAAGCGUUUUUGCGCUCUAUCGAAAAGUACACUUAUCAGAUGGAAAUGAGCCUCAUCGUUAUCUCUCUAUCUAACCCUAUAAGCUCAAAAUGAAAUUUACAUUACUUCAUUCCUCAUUGCAAUUUUUUGUCUGAGAUUUAAAGGCAAAUAUAAACUGAAUAAGAACUGUUUACAAUCUCUUGCAUACUAUCAAAGUUCUACCUCCUUAAAACAUUUGAGCGACCCCCCUUCCAUCUCCUACUGUGUCCCCCCCGCCCCAUAGUGGACUCAAAGGUAUUAUGAUAUGAAGUUGUCCGGAGGAGGCUCAGGAUAGGGUGUUACGUGCGGUAUCUGCACAUUGCUCCAGGAUGUGGACAAGCUGGUUUUUUUCUGAUAAAGCAACUGAGGAUAAACCGUCGAAAUUAUAAGACGAAUAACUCCAGUUUUUAUCUUCAGGACCGGCAUAACUGAAAGUGAUUUGAAGAUUAUUCAACAAAAGGUGAGUUACGUUUUCGUAUGUUCAUUUUGUAUUCACAAAACAAAACAAUACCUCAAAAGAAUGCAGCUCAAGUAGUGCAAAGUUAUAUAAUAGACAUCCUAAGAUCGCCAAAUUGAUCGCCUGUAAUAAAACCUUUUAGAACCCACCUGUAUUUCAUGUCCCUAAGUUAUUAGGGCCUCGAUAUACCAGGCCAUUCGAUGUUGAUUACAUUCAUUUUGGCUCCAACGCAAAAAAUGUUAACAAGCUUUUUAAAUUAUAAAUUACAUGGGAAUGAAGUGGACAAAUGAAGCAAUAGAAAACAAAGUGAAAUAAUGACUUGAAGGGGACGAAUGGGAGGACUUUGUAGACGCUGGGCUACGAUUGUGUCGUUUUGGCCUCGAAACUGCUUUUCCAGUAGAGAAAAAACCUACUCAACUUUAUACUUUUCAUGAUCGUACCGUUUCAAGACAUUGAACACACUGAGAUGGGGUACGCCGUGUUAUUGUAUUUAUACUCCAACCUGAUGAUCUCUUUCAGGAUGAUCCCUUGAUGUCGAAUAUCUCGAGAGAAGGAAUUCUUCGUGGAUUAAAAGAAUGCCAAAGGCUAUUUAGAAACGAUAUCUGGAACUGUCCAUCGGAGAUGUUUAAAGUGCUAUCCUUCUCUAACGAGUCGACUUAUCGCUAUGGUAAGACCUACUAGACUUAAGGCCGGAUAUCUCAUUAGUUCGUUGAAAAUCCAAUUUUCCUCCUAAGUUGCCAUUGUAUAAGUGUGACGCAGCAGAAAAACACCCUUUCAGUUCUAUUUCCCGCAGCACCAUUGCAGUAGUGAACCGUGAACCGUGAACCGUGAACCAUCCAUGCACCCGGUUUACACAGACUUUUGUCUAAUCGCGGAAAGAGCAGUGGUAACUAAAUACUUUCCCUUAUUGCUCUUUCUUACAGCCACUCGGGAGACUGCUUUUAUGUAUGCUAUAACCGCAGCCGCUAUAACCCAUGAAUUCACUCACCAGUGCACAUUGGGAAGAAUCCCCGGGUGUGGAUGCGGAACUUAUUACGGUGAUGGUGUUAUAAGUGGAUGUGGCGAGAACAUUGCGUUCGGACAAAGGGAGGCUAUGCGUCUUUUCCGAGUACCGCGGAAAAGAAGAUUACGAUUGGAUGCUUUGACGGCUGUAAAUAUGCACAACUACAAUCUUGGAACAAAAGUAAGUUAUCAUGCAUAAAUAAACUAUUUUAAAACAUCGUAAGUAACCAAGUUUAGUUCACGCUCAGUCAGCGAAAGUUUGACUUUGGACAGCACGAUCCUUUUUUUCGGUAUCCCAACCCUCUACGCUUGCUACAAAACAGCAACGAAAUCUGGGGAAAACUUUAGUAAAUAAAUAACUUUCCAAAUUGUACAUACCAAACAAAAGCUUUCGGCUUUAGGAGAAGUUACAUCGAUUUGAGACGAAAAGCUCUUAAAGGUAAAAUAACAAAUGCUUCCCAUGACAAGCUUCCCAGGAGAAGAUAACAAUGAAAAAGGACGAACACAUCCUCUCAGGUUAAAAUGGCGAAUAUUCAUGGAGUUUCAAUAUCGUUUUCUCCGUAACAGUUUCGGUUAUUUCAUAACUAUUUUUUUGUCUGUCAGUCUCCUACAGUAAACACACAGCGAUUCUUUGUUAGCAUACUUUUGAGGCUAUUGCCUCCCGUAGGAGGUGAAGCCACACAUGUUAUCGAAAUGAGUGAGUGAGUUCGUGAGUGAGUGAUAGUAGGUACCAAUAGAAUGUCGAACUUAACCGAUUUUGAACAAAUUUCGCUUAUUAUUUAUUUCGGAGGAUCUUCGUGAUCGACAUUCGCGCUAGCAAUUACUGGGCGUAGCAUACACUUAAGAAAGAAGAAUGUCUUCGAAACAAAUUAUUUUGUGCCCUAAGAAAACCAAGGUGUCAUUUUUUUUCAGUUCUUGCCGUGACAUUACAGACAAAAGCGCCUCACAAUCAUUUCAGGAUGGCGCGUAGUUAAAAACAAAAUUUUCUAGCAGGAAUGUCUUAAUAGGUGUGAUCAGGGCAUCAUGAAAUCUAAGAGAAAAAAUUUCUUAAAAGAGAGAGCCUUUCAUCGUUUGAAUCAGCGAAUUAUGCCCAGUAGAUGCGAAGAUAUAAUUUUUUUAGUUCCAAAAGAUGUUAAACAUCUCAAAUAAUUUCACAAAUAAUUUCGGCGCGCUAUUGGUAACAAAACUUUUAUUCGUGGAAAUACCUAAAUGGAAGGUGUGAUCUUUCGAAGAGAGAGCAUUUAGCGACUAACGCCCAGAGGAGGCGCGAAAUUUGCAGAGCGAGCAAGUUUCAAAGUCUCACAGAGUGAACCUUUUAGACGGAAUGAUGGAACGGUGGAAAGGUGAAAUAUCCUAACACGGAAUGACGGAACCUCCUAAAACGCGAAAUGCCUUGUCAAAUGAAGCAAAAGUCUCACAAAAAAGGAAUUGCAAUGAGAUAACAGAACAAUUUAUAAUUAACAAGCAAAACUAAAGGAAGCAUAGCUUAAGCAUUAUUGGAGCCAAGAGGAUAGAGAAAUAGUUGGAUUCUGGAACUAGUUUCAAUGAAUUAUCAUCACUAUUGCUAUUGUUAUCAUUUUCAUUAUUAUUAUUAUUAUUAUUAUUAUUAUAAAAUUACUAUGAAUAUAUGAAAAUCAUGUAUGUCAACUGCGGAUUAUUAUUAUUAUUAUAAUUGUUAUUGUUAUUAUUUCAAGGGGUGGCACUUAAUAGCCCAUAGAUAAUAAACUUGUGGCCCACUAUGAAAUAUCAUCAUUUUAAAAAAGCUGAUGACAGAAGUUAAAAACUAAAAAUCGAUCCAUCUACAAUUCGAUUAUCAGGAUGUUAGAUCCCAUAUAUCGUGAACUUUACAAACAUUAUUUGAACUUUUUUAAAGAUACCGAACUUUUCCUGUCUACAGAUUGUCCGAGAAAGCUUGCAGCUGAGAGGAAGAUGUGAAGGGGGCUUUUUUAACUCCGAUCCUUGCCGAGUGAAAACAAUGUGGACGGUAUUGGCACCAUUUGAAGUUGUUUCCUCAAAGCUUAAAGAAAAAUACCACGGGGCCUUGCAGGUGUCCUUCAUAAACAACAGACUUCAGCAGUUGCGCCCACAUUACCCAAUCGAUCAAAAUCUUGUGUACCUCGACGACUCGCCAAGCUACAUCAUGCGAAAUGACAGCUUAGGCAUUCAUGGAAUGCUGGGACGGUCAUGCAGGAGAGAUAUGAGCGAUGAUAAGUGUGAACUAUUCACUGCUAUCUGUGAUUCUAUUGGACUGAACCCAACAAUAGUGGAGCAUUUCAAGCAGGUUAAAUGUAGAUGUAAGUUUAUUUGGUGCUGCAGAGUUGAAUGUGAGACAUGCACUGAGAAGUAUAAUGAAACAAGGUGUUCACUGUAAGCGGAUACUAUACUGUAUGUCAUGAAGAAAGAGAUUUCAUGGUUAACUUCCUGCAAUGUCAAGUAUAUUAAAUGUGUGCGUGUGUUUAUUGACCUAAAAGUACAAAACAUCAUAUUUUGAAAUAAUCCUACCAAGUGUGUCGUUAGUGCUACAGGUUUGUUUGGAGCCCCAUCCAAUGCACGCCAGAUACACUUGAAGACAGCGUUUCAUUCAAACCACGCGACGAUAGUUUUUCAUUCUCGCUGAAGAUAACAGAUAAGAUGGUUUUCCGUCUGCAUUACAAUCAUGACCAGCGAAACAAAAUAUUAAAUGAAUAGACCCUUCAGCUGUUGAGCAUGCGUAAUGAAAGUGUUUACCCCCCAUCUUCCCCAUGAAUAAAGGAAUAACCGAG